AUGGGCGCGAAUGGCGCGCUGGAGGGGGAGGAGGAGAGGCCGCGGGCCGACGGGGAGGAGGAGAGGCCGCGGGCCGACGGGGAGGAGGAGGAGGAGGGCGGGGCGACGGUGUUCCGGGGCACCAACUACUCGCUGCCGCGGACGAUCGCGGCGCUGGCGCUGUGGCUCGGGGGAAUCCACUUCAACGUCCUCCUCAUCCUCGCCUCGCUCUUCCUCUUCCCGCUCCGCCUCGCCGCCCUGGUGGUGGCGUUGCAGCUCGUCUUCAUGUUCACCCCCCUCAACGACGAGGACAAAUUGGGCCGCAAAAUCGGCAGGUUCAUCUGCAAGUAUGCCAUGGGCUACUUCCCGAUUAGCUUGCAUGUGGAGGACUACAACGCCUUCGAUUCCAGCAGGGCUUAUGUGUUUGGCUAUGAACCGCAUUCUGUGCUGCCGAUCGGCGUGGCGGCUCUGGCGAAUCAUGUCGGGUUCAUGCCUCUGCCUAAGCUCAAAGUCCUUGCGAGCAGUGCGGUGUUCCACACCCCAUUCCUGAGGCAGAUAUGGACAUGGAUAGGACUGAUUGCUGCAACCAGGAAGAAUUUCUACUCCUACCUUGCAGCUGGUUACAGUUGCGUCGUGGUGCCUGGAGGUAUACAGGAGAUUCUUCAUAUGGAUCAUGAUUCCGAGGUUGCUUUCCUUAAUUCAAGAAAAGGGUUUGUCAAGAUAGCUAUGCAGGCUGGCUGCCCUUUAGUCCCUGUUUUCUGCUUCGGACAGAGCAAAGCUUACAGGUGGUGGAGGCCAGGAGGCAAAUUGUUUGUGAACAUUGCUAGAGCACUUAAAUUUACUCCCAUCAUCUUCUGGGGAAGAUACGGGACACCGAUCGCCUUCUCGUCACCUAUGCAUGUGGUUGUUGGUAGACCCAUUGAGCUGAAGAAAAAUCCUCUGCCUACCAUUGAUGAGAUAAACGAAGUGCACGGGCAAUUCGUCGGCGCAUUGCAAGAACUGUUUGAGAAGUACAAGACGAAAGCCGGAUAUCCUGGCCUCCAUCUGAGAGUCCUAUAA